UCCCUCUCCUAUGCCUGGGCUCUCUAGUGACUGCCGUCAGCUGGCAAAGAGGGUCCGCCAGCGAACUUUCCGGGCGGCGAGGACAGCUGAGCGCUGAGGGGUCCGGCCACGUGAGGAAUGUAUACAGUGUCCAAGGCCCCCCACCAUGUGCUCUCCAAGUCCCGCAUGCUAGGCGUGCCACCCAAACUCGCAAGCUCGGAACCCGCCACACGAGCGGCCACCAAUGGAAGCCAUCAGAACGGACACCCCGACAUGAGCGGACCGCGGCCGGUCUUCGGCCAGGUGAACAGCAGACGGCUCCACUCUCCCCUGCGCAGGCAGCAGGAGGACUCGGGACUGCCGCAGCACGAGGAACUCGCACAGUACCUCCACGACUCUUGGACAGCCGUCUGCCGGGAGUACGAGCACGCCCGCAACGGUGGCCGGCACCAGAACGCAGCCCGAGUGGUGUACCAACGACCAGCUACCGUCAACACUCCAGAGUUCGAGCCGUGCAACUUUGAGCGGAUCUGGGCCGACCACCAUUACCGAAGCAUCGUGCAGUCUGCGUGAGGUCGACCACGAUGCAUCUCCUCCCGCGCCGCCGCCGUGUAAGAUACUAGGUCUGAAAUAAAUGUCGGUUUGUCCAUA